CGACGUGUUCACUUUAGCCACCAUGCAAGAUUCCUUUUUCUGUUUUCGCUCAAAAAUUCUCACUUUACUUACUCGCAAAAAGAUUCCUCGGAUCAUCAUCAUCAGAAACGAUGGCUAUGGCUAUACGCGCGAUUCGUUACCAGUUACCGUCUCCCCCGAGAUCUCUGGUUACUACUACUAGACGCGAAUCAUCGCAACCAGUUAAGCAGAUUCAGAUCCAGCAACGACCUAGAGGAGGCGAUUUGGCCGAGAACGGUAAGAUCGUUCUUCAACCGAGGCUUUGCACGUUGAGAUCUUAUGGAUCUGAUAUGGUCGUCGCUAAAAAAGACGGCGGAGAUGGUGGAGGAGGAUCAGGAUCUGACGUUGAGUUAGCAUCAGCUUCUCCGUUUUUUGAGACGCUUACUGAUUACAUUGAGAGUUCGAAGAAGAGUCAGGACUUUGAAACCAUCUCUGGAAGACUCGCCAUGAUUGUGUUUGCGGUGACGGUGACGGAGGAGAUUGUUACGGGGAACUCUCUGUUUAAGAAACUUGAUGUGGAAGGAUUGAGUGAAGCUAUUGGAGCUGGUCUUGGAGCUAUGGGUUGCGCUGCGAUUUUCGCGUGGUUGACGAUUUCUCGGAACAGAGUGGAACGGAUCUUUACUGUGAGCUGCAACUCCUUCAUUGACUCGUUGGUUGAUCAGAUCGUCGAUGGGUUGUUCUACGACACUAAGCCUAGUGAUUGGUCUGAUGAUCUUUGAGUUUAAUAAGUUCAUAAGUACCACUCUAAAAUGUAUAAUGUAUCUACGUCUAUAAUACAGUAGUAGUACUAUAUAUAUAUUCUUCAAGAUGAUAUUGUGAAAGUCUGUAACUUUUGUGUCUAUAAGAUAUAUAUAUAUAGAAAAGUAUGGAAUUUUCUCUGA